AUGGGCACCGAAAAGGAUGUCCACGACGGGGUCUCCACGCCCGAGACGACCCAGAUCAACACCGACUCCCGCCAUGGCGCCGGAACCGAACACGUAGUUGGCGGCGGUACCAGUGGACGUGAUGAAAACUUCUACACCCGCAACGGUCUCAACAUGGAGUCCUUCAAGCGCCGCGAACACGGGAGAAUCACGGAUACCCAGCUUGAUCGCACCAUGAAGAGCCGCCACUUGCACAUGAUUGCCAUCGGUGGCUCCAUUGGUGCCGGUUUCUUCGUCGGUUCUGGAGGCGCCCUCGCCACGGGCGGUCCUGGUUCAAUUCUUGUCGACUUCUCCAUCAUCGGCAUAAUGAUGUUCAAUGUCGUCUAUGCUCUUGGUGAACUCGCUGUUAUGUACCCUGUCUCUGGUGGCUUCUACGUCUACUCGACCCGCUUCAUCGAUCCCUCUUGGGGCUUUGCCAUGGGCUGGAAUUACGUUUUCCAGUGGGCCAUCGUUCUACCGCUCGAGCUUACAGUUUGUGGUCUUACAAUCAACUACUGGGAGGGCGCCAGAGACAUCAGUCUUGCCGUCUGGAUCACAGUAUUUUGGGUUGCCAUCAUCUUCAUUAACAUCUUUGGAACCUUGGGUUAUGCUGAGGAAGAGUUCUGGUCUUCGCUCCUGAAGCUCUCAGCCAUCGUCAUUUUCAUGAUUGUCGCCCUUGUCCUCGUUUGUGGCGGUGGUCCCGCUGGCGGUCGCUACGAUGAAUACUGGGGAGCCCGUUACUGGCACGACCCCGGCGCGUUCAAGAACGGUUUCAAGGGGUUUUGCGCAGUCUUUGUCACUGCUGCUUUCUCCUUUGCCGGCACUGAGCUCGUCGGCUUGGCUGCUGCCGAAUCCAGCAACCCUCUCAAGUCCCUGCCUGGUGCUAUUAAGCAGGUUUUCUGGCGUAUUACCCUGUUCUACAUCCUCGGCCUCUUCUUUGUCGGCUUGCUCAUCAGCUCCAACGACGAGAGAAUCUUGGGUUCCGACAACCCGUACGCUGAUGGCGUGUCGCCUUUCGUCUUGACCGCAGAGUAUGCUGGCCUGAUCGGUUACAACCACUUCAUGAACUGCAUCAUCCUGGUUUCCGUACUGUCGCUCGGAGUUUCCUGCGUUUACGGAGGCUCUCGUACUCUGACUGCGCUUGCAGAGCAGGGUUACGCCCCCAAGAUUUUCGCCUAUGUCGACAAGUCCGGUCGCCCACUUCCAUCCGUUGCUGUCCACCUCCUCUGCGGUGCUCUUGGUUACAUGAACUUGAGCGCCGACGGCUCAACUGUCUUCGACUGGCUGCUUGCCAUGUCAGCGAUCGCUGCGCUGUUCACAUGGGGCUCUAUCUGCUUGGCCCACAUUCGAUUCCGCAAGGCCUGGGCCUAUCACGGCCACACCGUCGACGAGAUUCCAUUCCAGGCUGCUUUUGGUGUCGCCGGUUCUUGGGUUGGGCUGAUUCUUUGUAUCCUCGUCUUGAUUGCUCAGUUGUUCGUCGCCAUCGCCCCUGCGGGACAAGACGAGUUGAAUGAUGCCGCUGGUUUCUUUGAGGCAUACCUCACUGUACCAGUCAUUCUGGUCUUCUGGGUCAUUGGAUACUUCUGGAAGCGCGAAGGCUGGCUUCGCACCCACCAGAUGGACGUUGACACCGGCCGCCGCGAGCUGGACUGGGACGAGAUCAACCGCUACAAGGCCGAGGUCGCCACCUGGCCCACCUGGAAGCGGUUGUACAACCGGUUCUUCUAG